UUCCUCCAGCCCGGCAUCUCCUGCAAUCAUGUUGCCGUCCGUAGCCGUCGCGUUGAUGCUGCUCGCCGCGUCGAUUCCGGCGUCGGACGCGAAGGUGCGGUCCGGUUGCAUCCGGAACUACCAAUGCCCGCGUCGCGGUAGCAAUCAGUGCGGCCUCUACUACGUCUGUUCCAACUCUGCGAAUCCCAAGCCGCCCUACACCCUCCAGACCUGCGACACAUGCGCGUUUCGGGACAACGUUAAUGCCUACGCCCAAGUGUGCAACUACGAGACCGGCCGAUGCAACGUUAACAAAAUU